AGUUAUCAAUGGUGCUUUUAGAGCGAAAGAGUGCCUAGCAUGAUGAAUUUUCAAAGCGCGUCUAACGGCGUCGGCAGUGGCGGCCAGGGCGAUGCGAGCAGCACUGAACACAACACUUUCGCACCCAAUCCCCUUGCCGACAUCGAGUCCAACGAUGUGACGCGCAGUGAGAUGAUGCAGAUUAUUAUAUCCUGGCUGAUCCAGCAAGGCUUCACUGCCUCUGCGCAGAUGCUGCGUGAGGAGGCGACGAGCCAAUUUCGCGGUGAACAUUAUCUGCGCAAGACGCUGCGCACUCUCUGCAGAUCCGUGGAAGAGCGCAACUGGGACUCGGCGCAGAAGAGCCUGAAGAAGCUGCAAACCAAGGCGACUGUGAAGAGCGGUCUGCGCACGGAAGGUACGUCCCCGGCCGCCUCAUUAGUGCGUUUGCUUCCUUUCGUAUUAGCACAGCAGCAGUUUCUUGAGAUGAUCGAGGAGGACAACGACCAGCGCGCUUUCACGUUUUUUAUGCGCACCAUCAAGCCGUUUGAGCGCUCCAUCAGCAGGGAGCACUUUCAGAAGCUCACAUACCUGCUCACGUGCAAGACGGUGGCCGAGAGCAGUAACAUCUACCCGGAGUAUCGAGGCUGGACGGCAGAGCAGGGGCGUGCACAAAUCUUGCAGCAAAUCCGCACACAGAUGGGCAAUACCGAUUACGCGAAUUAUUGCCGCCACGGCAACGUCUGCAUGACGGCGCCGGUGGAGCUGACACGGCCGCUCAGCUUGAUCUUUCAGCAAUCCUUCUCCUUCGAGAUUGUGGCACGGCAGCACCCCGAUUUGGUUCGACGCCGCCAGCGGGCGACCAUCACUUCACUUUCCGCCCCGCUGGACUCGCAGCUCCCGACCACGGAGCCGCUUGUCUCCAUUGACGUCAACGCCCUUCUGCGAAGCAUGUUUCCCUCACUCGCACCCGGCGACACACGGCAGUGCGUGAAACUGACUGCCUGCCAGCCUUUCCUCAGCUACUCGGCCGUCGUCGUGGCCACCGAAAGUGGCGCCAUUUUGUGGAUCCCAACGGGCCCGGUGGGAGGCGCAGACGUUGGCGGUUCAUCCUCCUCCGCGGAGGCGUGUGCGACGGACCGGCCGCAUCUACUCCAUCAAAGCAAGCGACCCAUCCGCAACCUGCGUCGCAACGGCACAAAGUUGCUGUGCUGGGGAAGCUCGCAGACGAUCGUGCUCAACUUGCAGCUCUUCCUUGACGGCCGUUCCGUUGCACCCGGGGACGACUGCGUUGCCUGCACCUUCACCCACACGGCGGAUGUGUACGCCGGCUGCUUCUUCCCGUGCGGGUCGCUCGCCGCCACUGGUCUGUCCGAGGGCACCGUCACCAUCUGGGACCUCAUCACUGGAACGAAGUUGUACGAGCACCUCUUCAGCGAGUACGGCGUGGUGUCGCUGGUGUCCAACCGCACCGGCUCCAGCUACUUUGCGGCCUCGAAGGACAGCGCGAUUCGUGUGGUGGAUGUCGCCACCGGUGUUAUGACGGCGACGCUCGUGUCGCCCAUCGCGAUGGAGAUUUGCUCGCUGGCCAUCUCGCCUUCGUCCACCUAUCUGCUGACGGCGUACCGCGGCGGUACGAUGCGCGUGUGGGACAUCUUAACCGGCGACUUGCUCCCCUACCGAUUCACAGGAACGGAGAACAACACCAAAACGCGCUCGCCUACCGCGUUUGGCAGCAGCGACACGGAGGUCUUUUGCGGUGGCGAAGACGGCUGCCUCUACUUCUGGAAUCUCCGCUCGCGUGACUGGUCGACAAACGCUCUGGCAUCUCCGCACGCGACUGACGGAUCGUGCAACAACAAUUUGUACUUAUCUCGGGCUGCAGGUGCUGGCAACCUGGUGCACUACACCGCGCAGCUGCCUCUACACCGCCUGCCGAUUACAGACGUCAAAGUCGACGGCGCGUUUGAAGUGAGUUGCGGCGAAGAUGGAACGGUGGUCUUGUGCACAACGUGCGCACAUCCACGCGCGUGA